AUGGCUUCUCCCCUGCUUCUCUUCGUCCUCCUCCCUCUCCUCGCACCUUCCCUCACAUUUUCACUCCCACUUCCAUUGCAAUCCGCCUUUCAGCAAUGUCUCAACAAUAACUCCAAGAACCCAGUCCCAUUCUCCAAAACCCUCUUCUCCCCUGCCGCCAAUUCCUCUGUUUUCACCUCUGUUCUUUCAAACCCUGCUCAGAACCUCCGCUACUUGCUCCCUUCCGUCCCCAAGCCGCUGCUCAUCUUCCGCCCGCUCCGCAUUUCCCACGUCCAAGCCGCCGUGAUCUGCGCCGGAAAGCUCGGCUUCCACUUCCGGGUUCGCAGCGGCGGCCACGACUACGAGGGCCUCUCUUACGCCGCCGAGACAGAGUCCCCUUUUCUCAUUCUCGACCUCUCCCGGUUCCGCAAGGUGGACGUCGACAUCGCUUCCAACACAACCUGGGUUCAGGCCGGAGCCACCGUCGGCGAGGCUUACUACCGGAUCGCGCAGAAGAGCCCCACCCACGGCUUCCCAGCCGGGCUCUGCACCAGCUUGGGAAUCGGCGGACACAUCACCGGCGGAGCUUAUGGCUCCAUGAUGAGAAAGUACGGCCUGGGGGUCGACAAUGUCGUCGACGCCCGCAUAAUCGAUGCUAAUGGAAACCUCCUGAACCGCCGGAAAAUGGGGGAGGACGUUUUCUGGGCGAUCAGAGGCGGCGCCGGGGGAAGCUUCGGAGUAAUCGUCGCCUGGAAGUUGAAAUUGGUCACCGUCCCCAAAACCGUGACGGUGUUCAAUGUUCCCAGGACAUUGGAACAGAACGCCACCAAGCUUCUGUACAAAUGGCAGCAAAUCGCUCCUCUGCUCAACGACGAGCUGUUCAUUCGAGUUCUGAUUUUGGCUACCCCGAUCGCCAAUUCCACCAAGAGAACCGUCACAACAACCUACAACGCUCUGUUUCUCGGAAAUUCCAAUCGGCUUCUCAACAUCAUGGGUUCAAAAUUCCCGGAGCUGGGCCUGACGAAGAAGGAUUGCGUUGAAACGAGCUGGAUUAAAUCGAUUCUGUUCAUUGCAGGGAUCCCGGCCACCGUUGCUCCCGAGUUCCUCCUCCAGGGGAAGUCCUUCGCUGCCGCGGGGUUCUUCAAGGCCAAGUCGGACUUCGUCAGGGAGCCGAUCCCGGAGAAGGCGAUUGAAGGGAUAUGGAGAAGGUUUCUCAAGGAGGACUUUCCAUUGUCGAUAUGGAAUCCGUUUGGCGGGGAGAUGGGAAGGAUUUCGGAAUCGGCGACGCCGUUUCCUCACCGGAAGGGGACGUUGUUCAUGAUCCAGUGGCUGACUGCUUCGCUUGACGGGAAUGUGAGCUCUGCUAGACACAUGGAUUGGAUCAGGGAGCUGUACAGGUACAUGGCUCCCUAUGUUUCCAAGUCGCCGAGGACUGCGUAUGUGAACUACAGGGAUCUAGAUUUGGGUGUGAACAAGAAGGGGAAUGCGAGUUUUAGCGAGGCAAAUGUUUGGGGUCGCAGGUAUUUCAAGAAUAACUUCGGCAGAUUGGUGAAGAUCAAGGCCAAGUUCGACCCUCAAAACUUGUUUAGGCAUGAACAGAGCAUUCCGGCCGUUCGAGCUUGA